AUGGCGGUGUAUAACGCGAGGGAGAAAGCCAAGAAGGCGUACCGGCUCGCGGCGGCGAAGGAGGAGCUUUUCCUCGUCGGCAAAAUCUGCGACGCGCACAGAAAGGCCAAGAAGGCGAAGCGGCUUUGCCCGUCGCUCCCGGGCGUGGACAACGCGCUCGCGGUGUACGAGGUCCACGUCCGCGCCGCUGCGCGCGGUGGCACCGGCGGCUGGCGCGCGAUCCUCGGCAUAGGCCCAGGAGUCGCCGCCGCCGCCACCACCAUGCAGGACGCCGUCUAA